CGCUUCGUCGCCCCAUCUCUCUCUCUAAAACUACAACAAUUACUACUACUACUGUUUUCUCUCUCUACUGUUUCGUCUCUGUGUGUGCGUGUGUGAGGGGUGGCCGCAUAGAGAGGAGGAUGGGGUGCGGGAGCGGGGAGGAUCCGACGGCUGUGAUGCGGGAGUUCCUGCGGGAGGCGGGGGGGUGCGCCGUGAUCGACGGUGGGCUGGCGACGGAGCUCGAGGCCCACGGCGCGAAUCUCAACGACCCCCUCUGGAGCGCCAAGUGCCUCAUUAGCUCCCCACAUCUUAUCGCCAAGGUUCAUUUGGACUACCUUGAAGCAGGUGCAAACAUUAUAAUCACAGCAUCCUAUCAGGCGACGAUUCAGGGAUUCGAGUCUAAAGGCUUUUCGAGGGAGGAAGGUGAAGCUUUACUGCAGAAAAGUGUUGAGAUUGCACAAGAAGCGCGCAAUAUUUUUGUGAAAGCUUCUUCCAGAAAACGCCCGAUAUUGGUGGCAGCUUCCGUCGGAAGCUACGGAGCUUAUCUAGCGGAUGGCUCUGAGUAUAGUGGGGAGUAUGGAGAUGCUGUUACACUGGAAACUCUUAAAGAUUUUCAUAGGCGGAGGCUCCAGGUUCUUGCCGAAGCUGGUCCCGAUCUGAUUGCUUUCGAGACCAUUCCCAACAAACUAGAAGCUCAGGCUUAUGCAGAGCUUCUCGAGGAAAACGACAUAAAGAUCCCUGCUUGGUUCUCUUUUAAUUCAAAGGAUGGGGUUAAUGUCGUAAGUGGAGACUCGUUACUUGAUUGUGCGUCUAUUGCAGAUUCGUGUCCAAAGGUUGCUGCAGUUGGAAUAAAUUGCACCCCUCCGAGAUUUAUUCAUGCAUUAAUUCUCUCUGCUCGGAAGGUGACAGAUAAACCGAUUCUGAUCUAUCCAAAUAGUGGGGAAAGAUACGAUGCCGAUAAGAAGGAAUGGGCAUCGACUGGUGUGUCGGAUGGAGAUUUUGUUUCGUAUGUUAGCACAUGGCGACAAGCCGGAGCAAGCCUCAUCGGGGGCUGCUGCCGAACAACUCCAAACACUAUAAGAGCCAUAUCAAGAGCACUUCAAUGUUCGUGAAGAUGAACGAACGAUGAUGCACCCCCAGUUCUCCGCACUAUAAUGUCUAUCGUGUUUUAGUUUUUUAGCCUAUUGUAAUCUCAAAACAAAAAGAAUGUAUUACUACGCGAUCACUACUAGUGAGCUCCUAGUUUAUAUAUCUGAGACAAAAUGUUGUAGCCUUUCUAAUGCAAAGCGCGAGUUUAUCUAUUGCGUGUCA